GAGUGGUAUGCACCACCAGGACCAAGAGCUUUAUCAAAAGCAAUACCACGAUCACAACCACGAGAACGAGCACAAACACGAAGAGGAACAAGGCAUGGAGAGCGAAUUGGUGCUAGUGCAGCAGCAGUCAGAAGUUGCUAGCAGUGAUACGGUUCUGUUCGAGGUGAGCUUCUAAAUACUCCGGAUUUUAAUACACCAUCUAUUUUGAUCC